UUUCAGUGUCAUGGUUGAUUAAUACAACUAUAGAACAUAGGUUGUAAUAUCAUUACACCUUCUAGUGUCUCCAAAACUAUGUAAACAAUGUUGAAGUUUUUAAAGUAUCGUAAAAAAUGAAAUAAAAACAGGUUAAUAUGAAACAUUUAAAACAUCAUAUGGAAGAAAAGUCAAAUCAGAAGGAAGAAAUAAUUAGAGAGUUUAAUCAGGAAUUUGGAUCUUGAA